GAAAUUACAGAGGACUUGUAUAAGAUCCCGUGGUGGAUUAGGGUUAGCAUUUUGGUGGAUCCGGAAAUGGGCGUGGAGAAGCAGCUGCUAAAGGAAGGCCACGGCCCCAAACCUACCAAGGGCCAGUCUGUCACCGUUCACUGCACCGGCUUCGGUAAGGAUGGUGAUCUGUCAAAGAAAUUCUGGAGCACUAAAGAUCCUGGGCAGCAGCCUUUCACAUUCAAUAUUGGCCUGGGUUCAGUAAUUAAAGGGUGGGAUGAGGGAGUGAUGGAUAUGAAAGUUGGAGAAGUCGCUCUACUUCAGUGCACCCCAGACUAUGCUUAUGGAGCUGGCGGCUUUCAAGCUUGGGGGAUUCGUCCAAACUCGCCGCUGGUGUUUGAAAUUGAAGUUCUUAGCGUAAAGUAACAACUAAGUUUCGCUAGCAGUGAGUUGUAGAACCUGAAAAAUAACUGCUACUCUGAAAAAAACUACUGUCUACCCAGUAAUGAGACAAUUCCUGUAAUGAUUCAGAUAUGAGUUGUUGCCUUUUGGAAUUCAAAUUUAUCUUUGCAGUAAGAUCUGAUGGUUGUCCUUUUGCAGAAGGAAAAUGUCAGAUUUGGUCCAACUUUGUAUUUUGAUUGCAGACAUGAUAAGAUAUGUUUUCCUCUA